GCCAUUCACAAAGUCCAAUCGGCCGUCGCGACGUUGUUGUUUCUUCGGCAGCUCAGCCAACCCCCCGGUUCACGAGAACAAUGUCUUCUUCGCCAAUCAUCGCUGCUCGCUACCGCCAGAGCCCUUGUCUGUAGUAGGGUCGGGUAACUGAAGAAUGCAUCCUCGUCCCCCACGGCCUGUUACCAGCAUCAUAGGCCCUUUUCUUUUUCUCUCAAGAUCCACUGAUAAACACCAGCUCGCCGGACGAAUCAACAAGAAGCGCUUUAGCCAAGACGAAGCACUUUUGUUGCUGCUACUACCUGUGUUUUCCCUCCAUCACAGGUCACCUCAUCCAACGACGACGCAGCGCAUCUGUGAUAUCACCCAUUGCUUGUGUUUUCAUGUGCGAGUUGACGUGUCCGAUGGCGCGCUCCGCCGUUGCAGACACAGCCGAAGUGCAUGCAGAGCUAUUGAUGCAACAUGCGGCAUGUCACUGGCGGAAGCUGGUUCAUUGGGGGCUCGACGCCGCUAUUUGUUAGUGGCGGGCAGGGCUGGUUUCGGCGUCGAAAAGAACAGCAGCGGCGUUGCCCAGCAACUUGUCAAUCCCGACUUUGCCACUCCAAUAGGUGACGUACUGUACGUUCAAUUACAGAGCACCUACUCCGUACCUUUGAGGCACUGAGGCACUGGGGUAGGUACUAUUAGUAGACGCCUCAACCGAGUGCCAUGUGCCGUGGUCUGUAUCAAGCACUCCAAGAUGUACCUUAGUAUGCAGCAUGAUUUCUUACCAAGUUGCCAAGUCCCAGCCCCGGCAUUUUGGUCCAAGAUGG